AUGGUGCCAGAGAUCUCUCGCGAGUUUCAUAAAACAACGAUGACUUAUUUCUCUGGAACGGGAAUCGUUCUGUCUGGAUUGGUCUCCACAGGCCGCCAUUUCACAUAUUGCUUGGGAGAUUACCUGGGCUGCGUCAAGGACGAGGUGGCUGCGGAACUUAUCCAGACCUUCACCUGGGAGACUGGCGUUGGCCUAUUUCCAACAAUCUCGCCUAGCUGGGCCUUUCAUGGGGACCUUGUGGGUACCAUUCAUUUCUCCCACUCCGCAUACAAGAGUUGGGCUCACGAUCCUGCUGCUGGCCGACCACCUGACAUGAUGGUGGCAUCAAACAAGUCAUCUCUCCCAGCAGGAGUAAUGCCAGACACCUCUCCAGAUAUCCUGCUGAAUUUUGACACGGGCACCUCUGAACACACAGCCCGGCGGCAUCUAUUGGCUGAUGGGCUGCCAUCACUCGCACAGGAGUUCAAGGUGGACUUUAAGGCUCCGCCUGGAAUCACGGCAGAUUCCAGCGAUAAACGGUCUGUUUUUGACACCGUGGGCUUCAACCUGUUUCGUGCUCUUUUUGGUGUAGAUAUGGGCACCGAGCUUGGGAUCAUGUUUGAAUACGAUGGCACUUUCACCCCUGCAGUGCUUGGCGCCCCUAUCUUGGGAUACCAAGGCCGCAGGCUCUCUGAGAUACGUUCCAUCAUCAUGAAGAAAGUGGAAGCUGGCGAUGUCGCCAAGAAGUUCAUCGCUUUGGGCGCCGAGCGGGGCAUGCCAGGCAAGCAGCGCCUGGAUGAGAUGGUGUGGAUCGCCCUCUUUGCCGGAUAUGGAGGGACAGGCAAUUUGGCCUACGAAACGCUCCGAAUCAUCUGGAAGGAGUCUCCUGGCCCUGAUCCUUGCGACUUGUGGUAG